UUUGUCAAGUCAAACUGGAAGGAGCUGAAAACUCAAAGGAGAAGCAUUUACGCACAGGUCCUACACUCAGCUGGGGCGGAAACAAUCUGCGGCUGCAGGUUUGCCACCGGCGGCAAAAAAGGGGACACACGCAGCACUGAGGAGGAACUGAGAAUGAAUGACCGAGUUCAAACAAAGUGUCCGUGAGUUUCUGUUGGGAAAGCAUCAAGAUCUGCGGCAAACUGUGCAGGAUUGCCUUCAUCUCCAAAAUCCGGGUUGCAGCCGGUGAUUGGCAGGAGGAGGAGAGUCUGACGGAGGAGCAGAGGAAUGUUGGCAGCCAUUUAGUCUGAGCUCAACAACGGAGUAAACAUGGAUUCUUCACAAAAAAAAUGUAAACACAGCAAUGGAGUGAGAUGUGGGACCUCUGAGGAGGAUAAGGAUGGUUCAGCAACAACGGCAAAAAGAGAUGAAUCACUGAGUUGUGAGCAAUGUGACAAGACUUUUAUCACAGCAACAAAGCUAAGAAUUCACAAACGUAUUCACACUGUGGACAAACCAUUCAGCUGUGAUCAGUGUGGAAAGGCUUUUACUAAGAAGAGUCACUUAAAAAGCCAUCAACUCAUUCACAGUGGAGUUAAACCAUUCAGCUGUGAUCAGUGUGGAAAGGCUUUUACUCAGAAGAUUAAUCUAACAAAUCAUCAACUCAUUCACAGUGGAGUUAAACCAUUCAGCUGUGAUCAGUGUGGAAAGGCUUUUACUCAGAAGAGUAUUCUAACAAGUCAUCAACUCGUUCACAGUGGAGUGAAAUUGUUCGGCUGUGAUCAGUGUGGAAAGACUUUUACUCACAAGACUACGUUAAGAAGUCAUCAACUCAUUCACAGUGGAGUGAAACCAUUCAGCUGUGCUCAGUGUGGAAAGGCUUUUACUCACAAGAGUCAGUUAAAAAGACAUCAACUCAUUCACAGUGGAGUUAAACCAUUCAGCUGUGCUCAGUGUGGAAAGGCUUUUACUCACAAGAGUCAGUUAAAAAGACAUCAACUCAUUCACAGUGGAGUUAAACCAUUCAGCUGUGCUCAGUGUGGAAAGGCUUUUACUCACAAGAGUCAGUUAAAAAGACAUCAACUCAUUCACAGUGGAGUUAAACCAUUCAGCUGCGAUCAGUGUGGAAAGGCUUUUACUCACAAGAGUCACUUAAAAAGCCAUCAACUCAUUCACAGUGGAGUUAAACCAUUCAGCUGUGCUCAGUGUGGAAAGGCUUUUACUCAGAAGAGUCAGUUAAAAAGCCAUCAACUUAUUCACAGUGGAGUUAAACCAUUCAGCUGUGAUCAGUGUGGUAAGGCUUUUACUGACAAGAGUCAUCUAGCAAAUCAUCAACUCAUGCACAGUGGAGUGAAAUUGUUCAGCUGUGAUCAGUGUGGAAAGGCUUUUACUCACAAGAGUACGUUAAGACGUCAUCAACUCAUGCACAGUGGAGUUAAACCGUUCGGCUGUGAUCAGUGUGGAAAGGCUUUUACUCAGAAGGGUCACUUAAAAAGCCAUCAACUCAUGCACAGUGGAGUUAAACCAUUCAACUGUGAUCAGUGUGUGAAAACCUUUACUCAACAUGAACAGUUGUUGAUCCAUCAAUGCCCCCAUUCUGGUAGAAAGCGGUACCACUGUGACUCCUGUGAAAAAACUUUCAACUCCCAACAGAGCUUAAAAUAUCACCAACGCAUCCACACUGGACAUGAUGUGUACGUAUGUGAUCACUGUGGUGAACCAUUUGUAUUGUACUCACAGUUAAAAGCUCAUGAAGUGACCCACACUGGGGUUAAACCAUACCUUUGUGAUCAGUGUGGGAAACGCUACAGCUACAUUGCAAACCUCAAAGUUCACCAACGUGUCCACACUGGGGAGAGACCAUACAGAUGUGAUGAGUGUAAGAAGACUUUUACAUCUUUGGGUUCCCUGAAACAACACCAGCAGAUCCACACCAGAAAGAAAGCAUUCAAUCAGUGUCACAGUGAGCAGAACGGAACAGAUGGACAAAAGUCUCAGACUUGUCAGCACUCUGCCAAUGGUGAACAGUGCUGCUUUGACCAGUCUGGACAAACGUCCAACCAACAAGGAACCCGACAACGACACCAGCGUAUGCACACUGGACACAGACUGAACCCCUGCCAAGAAGAUUUCUCCAUGCAGGGUUCAGUAAAAGUUCAUGAAGUCCUCCACAAACUUAAAGUCCUUGAGAUCCGGCUUCACAGAAUUCAGCUUCAGGUGUAGCUGCUGGAAAAGAGCCUGCAGUCACAUGGUGGGACAUGUGAACAUAGUUCAAGGAAGCAAGGCUGGGAGCAAGAGCCCAAACAGAGGAGGUAAAAGAAAAGGUCAAACUACAGGAGAACAAUGUGAUGAGUGCACCGAGAGAUCCAAUACAGGGAGCUUUCCUUUUUCAAAGAUCAUUAGAAGGACAGAAGACAAAGUAAGUUUCAGCAAACAGCUUUUUAUUUUCUAAUGAGCCAAUCUAUAGUAUUUAAAGUGCAGAGUUAUUUGUGUUGGAUUUGAACAAAAUUCUUCCAACAGUGUAAGGACUUAGUCUUUCUACUUUCAUUUGCAAUUGUUCUAGAAACCUAUCAUCUGGGUCAGGUGGUCACUCUGCAGCACAAGGAGUACUAUCCCACAUUGGAUCUGAUGUUAAUAUUUCCCUUAGACAUGGUAAAUUGACUGACUGGCUGAUAUUGUAGA